UUGGAGCCUGCGGAGACCAUUACCGCUCAGUGUCCCCAAGACCAGUUUCUGGUGUGCAUUUCCGAUCACAUUUCCGACCGAAUUCCGACCGUCUUUCGGAAAUGCCCGAGAACCGAGAGUACCCGACAUGCAAUCCUAGCGAGAUAACAUGGGUCAUGUUUUAUGCUUGUCAUCAGUUUUCUGCAUGUUGUACAGAAUACUGCUCUAAAUUGCACGAUAUAUAAACAGUAAUGACUGAAAUACUUGUUCCGCCAUGUUAGUGUGGAUGCGAGACAUGUUCCUUCUCAAAGCAGGAGACAUUUUUGCAGCAGAAGUGAUUUUAUGCGACUAACAGAGUGACAUGGUCAUUGAGCACAUGACAGCUGGUGGUGUCUUUAGUAAGAAACAAGUUUAGCGUGUUACAAGAAUGAAACAAUCAUCUUCAUCGUCAACAGAGGACGAUGUCCCUUUAAAGCAACGAGUGAAGGCAAAGACGCAAAAUGUGGUGAAGAAAACGAACAAAGAAGUACGCAAACACACAGUCCCAGUGCAACCAAACUCAACGAAAUUUGUUAUACCGAGAAAUAAAAAGACGCGAGAAUUACUGGAUAUACAAGGUCUUGAAUCAAGAGAUGCUAUAGAAAUAUUGAGAAAAGUUAAACAGUCAUUUCAUCAGCCAGAUAAUGAUUCAAAUUAUGUGUUUGAAAAUGUGACAAUUGUUCACAAUGCACGGUUCAAUACUGAGUUUAGUGAAAAAAAACAAGAAAUGAGGCAAGAGGGAUAUGCACAAAAAGAUUUGGAGGAUACCUUUGCAUAUCUUUAUCUAGAUGGUUGGCACAAGGUAAGAAAAAUGGCAAAGGAAGGUCUGCGAGUUGGAUCAAGUUCCAUUUCCAGUUUGGGAGAUCCAAAAAUGGGGAUUUAUUUGUCUAGAUUCCCUGACAUUGUGUCACCAUACUCAAUUCCAGUCCGGAAUCCUAGGUACCUUAUGAUCUUCAAAAUUGCAAAGGGAAGGUUAAAGGCAGUUGGUGAAAGAACUGGCGAUGGUUGUGCUAUUGAACCUACACCAAAUUAUGAUGGUCAUAUAUCCAAGAGCUUUCCCCCUGCACAUAAUGUCUCAUUGGAACAAGCUUUCGCAUCUUCUCAGUAUUACUUUUAUGAAUUCACGGAUGAUGGCGAUGAUUUACAUGCGCGAAGGCCACGACAGUGUUGUCCUUAUGCUGCUGUACAGUUUUCGGUCAAAUCCAGUCAUUCACAAUAUUCAGCAUCAAGAAGUGUCUUAACUCAGGAUUCGUCUCACCGUAACUUACCAAGCCAUGAAUCCCGCAAUCUUCCUGCUCUGACUAUCUCGUUGAUCAACGAAAAAAACCACGAUGUUGCGGCUUUGUCAGGCACGAAUUCUACAGUUGAUGGUCGAAUGUAUGAAAACUAUGCAAAACAUGGAAGAACUCUGUGGUCGGGCGUGGUGAAGAACAAAGCAAAAAUUCUCUCAUCAGCGGACUUAUUAUGCUAUUCUAGUGACAUUCUACCAAUUACGAUUGGUGGUAAUAUUAAUAUCAAAGGAAAGGUCCCGUUCGAGAAACUAAGAGCAAAAUUUCUCCUGCCUCUUUUCAAACAAUUGCCAGCCAUUUCAACGAAAUGUAAAGCUUUUCACCAUGGAGAGAUGUACCUGUAUUGCGAACUCCGACCUCGAAACACGAACAAUUCUAAGUUAGCAAAACUGGUUAGGUUUUUUCAAAAGGAAAGUCUGGCUGGUGUCGUCGAGUUCCCUGAGUCCAGUGCGCUUAUUUACAUUAUUCCAACAUCAGGAUUAAGCCAUGAAUUAGGUUUGACAGAUCGCCAUUAUCCCAAUAUGCUUCAUGCUUUGAUUUUAAAGAAGUUACCAAAGGAAGACAUUCAGUCGUAUAAGAAAAUGAACAAGAUUACUGCAGACCCUACUACAGAGGCUGUAGUUAGAAGAGAUAUUCGAAGAGAACUUCAGAAAAUAGAAAUAGAAAAGCUUAGAAAACGUGAGCAAUCUGAGAUGUCUUCCGUAACAAACAGUGAUAUGGAGAUGUCUUCCGUCGAUGGUGAAAGUGACUCACGUAGUGAGAAAAUACAGCUUGAGGCACAGGACAAAGAUACUUUAGAGAAAGAAACUGUAUGUGUUAUACAAAAUGACAGCGAAAGUAAAAGCAACCAUAUAGACGAUGCUAUGGAUAUAAUGCAGAUCGAAAGCACAGUUAACGAGAUUGGUGAGAAAGAAACAAAUGCCACAAUUGAAGUUAACAAAGAUGUGAGCUUAGCAGCUAUAUCGGCAGAUUUUGGUAAAGGCUUGAAUGCCAUGGACGGCUGCUCCAACAAUAACAACGAAGAGAGAACAGUCCAUGAGGUGUUUAAAUCACCUCCGCGUGUUCAGAAACAUGCUACAGUUGUCGAUGACUGCGAUGUUAAUGUGCCUCAAACAAACACAGUAACACGCCAUUUUAUAGAUCCUCGUCUAGGUUUGAAGACGGAGAGGUUUUUAGUUGCCAGUCCUACUGAAAUCGAACCUUUAUCAUCAGAUAGUUGCGCUGGUACACCAGAAUCUUCUCCUGUCGUCAAAAGUUCAAGAUUGAGCGAAACUUUGCCAGCUGUCGUUCAACAGUCGCCAUCUUUGUUACGUGAUGGUGAGAAAGAUAGGGAAACAACAUUAAUCAAGACUGGCGAGACGUCUGAUCACAAGGACAAAGUUUCACGACUGUCCUCUCGUCUUAUGGCUUUGUUCUCGCAAACAGGAAAACGACCAGGAAGAAGUGGUUCGACGACUGAAACUCCUGCAUGCUUUGUAAUAUCAACUGCGUCUUCAGUUAGCCCAACAAGGUCAACCACUGCAGGAUCAUCACCUCAAUUCGUCCAGUCUCAAAAUGUUGCCAAAGAAUCCCCGUUAACAACAAAUGACUAUAAACUGCAACGCAUCCCUGCCUCUGCUCCAUCCACUUCAACCAGUUCUCCUUCUGUUGAUCGUUGUAAUAUUAGUUCAGCAAGUGUUGUUAAUGUGAGGGAGGCGGAUAUGAAAAAGGAAAAACUUACUACUAGAACGUACACAACUCCUCCGCAGACAUCGUUUGAUACCCUUAGCAGUCACAUGCACCCAUCUCCAGUCCUUAUUCAAGAUCAACCGCAAUCAAAUUCGCGAGACGAACAUUUAAAAGAAUCACCAGCAGUAACCUCAAUUCAUUUUCAACCGAGCGCACUCACGAGUUCAGGUCCUUCGCUAACAUCCAAUGCAGUUGUGUGCAACUCUACAAUGAGCUAUUCAACUAGUCUUAACACUGAUGACUCGCGGGCGCAAUUACAGCAAAGGUUGGUUGAACGCACUUGUCCUGAACCAUCUGAGGUCUCAACACGAACUGCAACAUAUACGACUGCAGAUACAUCCGAAUGGAGUGUUCCAUUGGUUAAUUCUGUGCAGUCAAGGCCCCAUGAAAAUUUAAAAUCUUCUCCACCUCCAACAACAAAUACUUACCUGAGACAAAUUUGUUCAUUUCUCAAAAACAAAACAGCGUCACCAUCACCAACGGCCGUAAAUUUUCUUGUGUCACCAUCUACAUCAUCAUCUUCAGCAAGUCAAAAAGUGGACGAUUAUCAACCAAACGAUUGCGAAGUGAAUGAAACGUUCUCUGAAAAUGUUCCGAAGAACAACAAUUCUCAGAAAGAGCAGACGUCUUCGCCGACGAUAAAAGUAAGUGACACGGUGGAUCAGUGCAGCACAUCGAGAACCAAGGAUCGUUUGAUCCGUACUUCUCUGCAAACACCUGCCUCAACAACAUCAUAUACCCCACCACUUCCAAGGGAGGCCCUACCACCUCCCCCGCCACCACCACUGGCGUCAUCUUGUGGAGUCAGUAAUAUUACACCUAUCUCCACCGAGAUAAGUCAGGACAGUACUGAUCUGUAUGAGUAUGGAUUGACGUUGUCUUCUGUUCCUGGCAACAUCACCACCCAAGAUGGUAGUGAUCCAUAUUUCCGUGGAGAUAACAUGUCUUCAGCCAAUUCGUCCCGGUCGAGUACUCCAGGGAUUCCCAUGCGUGGAACACUUCCUCAGUAUUCCAGCACACCUCCCCCUCCCCCAAUACCGCCACCGCCUCCACCACCAAUACUCUGUGUAUAUAGCACACCUAUGUUUCACCAAGAAAAUUACUCCACGACACUUCACUACGCACAUCCUUAUCCCGGAUUUCAAGCCAUUCCAGUUCCGGAGCCAUUACCAGAAUUUCAAUGCCAUGUGGCAGGCAGUCCCGGAUACCCAAAUUUUCCAUCCGCGGCGACAAGAGAAUUAGAAAGCACUCUUGGUUUCGGUUAUACCAAACAGAUUACACCCCUGUGGAACGAAAUGCCGAUGGUCAGAAGCAACUUAGAUCCAGAUUUAGCGGUUAAUGAUUUGGACCUGCAUGCAAAUUCAAAACGUUUUGCGGAAAAACUAGACGAAAAUCCCGAUGAUAAUCAUACAUUGACACAAGAUAGGAGUAGCUUUGGGGAGUGUUUGGAGGGACAAAAGAAUGAGGGUGCAUUUCCUAUCUCCAUCGAGAAUACACGUAGCAAUUUUAGAGUGCAUACUGAUGUUGUUUCGGAGUUUCCUGGGGAUGUGUUAAAACAAAAAGAAAGCGGUGAAAGCCCGUCAAAAAAGAACAAUGCGAGUGGUAAAAUCACACCGAUUUCGAUAAUUUCCAGCGAUUCAGAGAUCCCGAAUGAUAGAAGCCCUACUCCUGAAACCUCAGGGUAUAUGGGUGAGUUAAACGCCGAUGAUGUUCUCUUCAAACCUGAUGAGGCACGUUCAAAAAAGUAUCUAGAAGAUUCUGAAAUGGAAGAUACCCGACAGGAGAGAAAUACAUCAAAUGAGAGAAAAGACGACACAGGACAACAACAAACGCUGGACAAUUUAACUUCAUCUAAGUCGAGGGUAAUUCAGAAAAGCGAAGAGGCUUUCAGCAAAACAAACUUUUUGAACUAUAGCACCACAGUCAUGAAGGACAACGAUCAGGAUAUGUAUGUCAGCAAUGUAUCCGAUUUCCUUGACAGUAACGAUGAAACCUAUGAGGUUAUACCUCUCUCUGAUAACGAAACGAUUCACGAGUCUAACAAAAGGCCAAAACGAGCCAAACCUAAAAAAGCCCGAAAUGAAAAGCCUGAGGUUAAAUAUGGCGAUGGCGUCGAGAUUUAUACAAGCAGCGAUUCUGUUAAAAGCGAUGAUGAUUCUUUCGUAGAUAUACCCAUUUCAGAGAAAGAAACUUGGAGGAAAACUGGAAAAAAAAGAGUAGGGCUUACGGAUUUGCGUGAAUUUAUUAGCAUAAAGAAACGGAAGGUAGGAGAAGUUCAUGAUUCUGAAAAGCACGUUACUUCCCGAAGUCAUCGUAGCCGGAUGGUCGACAUAGUAAGAUCUAGGACUGAUGACCCUGCAGCUUCUUCCCAAGCCAAUAGCGCAUUACCUGAAGAGGCCUUACGUAAAAUGACACCCCUUAAUCCUGAUAGUGAACUAAUGCCAGAACGCAUUCAUGUAGCCGCAGAGAAUAGAUGUAGGAUGACCUCGCCAAAUCUUGGCAGCCCUAUCUCUACACCUGAUCGCAGUCCAGCACACAAUGAGACCAAGAAAAAACUGAUCUCUCCUGAAUUUGCUAAACGACGCAAAUCUAGUUCUCCUGAAUUAGAACGGCCAGCUAGAUCUCCAAACAGGAGAGAUUAUAGAAAGUAUGGUAGUCGAUACGCUGGAAGCAGCGAUGAUUCUCGACCAGGAAGCAGUGCGGGCUCGCGUCCAGCAAGCAGUGCAAGUUCACGUAUCGGAAACAGCAGUUCGCGUUCUGGGAACAGCGCGAGUGCACAGACUGCGAGCCAUGUCAGUCAACGAUAUCUUUCUGGCAGACGAAGUCGAAAGGAAAGAGAAAAUCUCAACACAGCACGCGAGCAAGCACGUUCACGAUCCAGUCGUAAGGUAGUUGAAGAUUACCCGGCAAAUAUACCUGCUCGUGGAGCAGACGAGGAUUAUUCUCAAAAUGUCCCUGCCGAUUCAAGACGUGAACGUCAACGUUCAUUAUCUCCGAGUGGAAGCAGCUAUACGACUAAGCGAGAUAAAUUGUCCUCUAAACCCCUCUCUCCUGCUAGAGAAAGUAGAUAUCGUUCAAGAUACAGCAUAAAACGUCACAAUGCAAGAAGUAGUAGCAAUGAGAGUGGUAAAUGUCGAACAAGGAGUUAUGAUAGAAAUAAUAAUUGGUCAAGGCAUGAUGAUAGGCACGAUGCUGGUUCAAGGGCAAGGAACCAAAUUGAUCUUUCUGAUGAAACAGUUCUUUCACAAUUGGCAAAUCUUGAAGUCAUCGAACGUAUUCAGCACUUUGUGAGCGAUAGUAUUAGACGUACAUGCCGUGAGAUGUCUGGAUGCUUGGAUAAACCUGUUGAGAAAAAUGAAAAAGAACAAAAGCCAUUUUUUGGUGGUAUUGGCGAACUAAUCUACUCCAAAAGAGAUGAAGAAGACUCUCGUUAUGAGAAGGAUCGGGAAUAUAGAUCUGGCGUAGAGAAAACAGAGAAAUCGAGAAUGGGAAAAUCUGACGACGAUUAUCAUGGUGAAGACGCAGCAGUCGACACAGAGAGCGGUACUCAUUCCCAAAGACUUGGUCGUGAGGACGAGACGACGAAUAAUGUACAGAAUGAGAUUUUUAAGAAUGACUUUGCAAAUGAAAUGCAAUCCGAUGUAUAUAAAUGUACAGAACGUGAUGACGUAAUUUUAAAUAUCCAAGAAGCAACGAUAAAUAAUCAAACAUCAAAGUCUGACCUCCUGAGUAAUGAUUUUAUUGCUCAGUUUAAAGAGAAAAGACGACGUUUUGAAAAACGCCUAAGAGAAGAAAAAAUAGGAUCGGUCGUUUUAAUGCAUUCCAUGCUUGAAGAGCUAAAAGGUGACAUUCGUAAACUUUCAGCUGUUCAACUUGGAAAAGGCCAUGAAAGUAGCGGAGAAAAUAUACAUCAAGAAAAUAAAAGCCAAAGUAGAGGGAAUAAUAACGAACUAAAAACUAUCCAAAGUCCAGACGAUCAAUUAAGCGAAGAUGAAGAUCAGUCGAUUGUGACAGAUCAGCCUCGAAGAAACAACUCCAUUACGAAGAGAGGACCUGAUUUAACCAGACAAGACACCAAUGCGAAAAUUUCACUACAACUAGGACUAAAUGAACGUAGUGGAACUACAAUUGAUGAUUGUAACCCAAGGAAGUUUGCAGAUGACGGUAGCGAUUAUAAUGUUGUAUCUAUGGAAGCAAGUGAUGAUGACGGAACUCCACAAAACACUGAAACGGAAGAGAUAGGUAGAGAAUUGUCGACGAAUCAUGCGAUCCAAAUACAAAAGGAGGCGUCGAGUGCGUCUAACCAAGGUUGUGAUGAUCCAAAUGUUGGCUUCAAAUCUCUUUCUCUUGAUCCGCGUCUGAAACCGACGCUUCACGAAAGCUCGAUUACAUCAAAUACAGACAGGGCAGAAAUCGCGGGUAGCAUAGCGACGAAAGAAAACGGUGAUGUGGUGCGAUCCAGGGAAGAAGACCAGGCCUUGUGUACUAGAGCGAGAACUCAAGAAGAUAUCGAGUCAAUACAGAGGAAUAAUCAUGAUGGUGAAAGAUCGGCGGGUGAUUUUGAUUCUAUUGCGCAGCAGGCAAAACGCGAUUUCAAGCUUCAGCUAAUGAUUAAGUCUCGGGAACUCUUCCCAAAGCAAGGUUUUGGGUUUCCUGUUGUUAGUCGCAAUCAGGGGAAAGCAACAAUGCGUCAAGGUGUACUCAAGAAAGGAAGUGAUCUUGAUGGGAAUUUUAAUGGAAGUGUUCAAACUAGUAACAAAAAGGAGUUAGAAAAAGGAAUAAGAAGAGGAGUUGUCAAACCCAAAGGUCUUGAUCAACCUGUCAAUCGACCGUCGCAAGAAGACAGCCAGUCACUCGAAGAAGAAAAUUUUGAAAAACAGCUAUCAAAUGUUCUUAGUACUUUAACCAAAUCGCAACUGGACAUUUUAAAAUACGGAUCUCCAACGACAAGGCUGCGUGGUCAACGACACAAUCCAAGCAUUGAUUCAACAAACAUUUAGACGGAAAAGGGGAAAACACAGAUCGAUCGUAAAUUUUGUAGUUUUUAAAAACGUUUUGUUCCUGUUUACAUUUGGGUUACAUUGUUAUAGAAAAGUCUUCCGUGAUGAGGAACUUUAUCUUACUGUUUUGUUAUUGCUGUAUGUUUUGUUAGGAAACAAUAUUGUGUGCAAGCAUAUGUAGUUGCCAUUUGUCCUCAGUAAGAGGGCUCCUAACAUGCAAAUUUCGCUUGGUAAUUAAUAUACCUGAAUUGGCGAAUUAUUCUCCUAGCUCGAAAUGAACUGGACGAUUGGUAAAUCAAUCGCUAUUAGUAAAUAUUGUACGUUUGACUAUUGUCUGUGACGUCAUUUAUGGCGUAUUUACCAGGACUUCAUUAUUAAAACAGCCGAUUGUCGAUAUUCUGUUGCCUGAGGCGAAUCAAAUAACUUAUUUUAUGUCUAUUACGUCCUCACAAGAAUUUACAUCUAUAGGGCUAAGGAGAAUGAUUUGAAGACGACGACGUCUUUAUCCCGUUUUUCAAAACGUCUAAUAUUAUUUAUGUCUGAGAAAGUUGUAAAAUCAAAAAUGUUAUUAGACUAUAUAUUAUUUUUGGUAUUGUAAU